UUGGCGGGCGGGCUGAGGCUGUUGCAGUUACCAAGGGAGACGGACGAAGCUCUGGAGGGGAGAGAGGCUCCCGAUGGAUCACCCUUUCAGAUAGUGGUGGCGACAACAAGGAAGGGUGUCUGUGCAGUGAAGAUGGUCCAAUGGAGUUCCUGGAGAUGAGUGGUCUGAAGUGGUGCAGGAUGGACAUGUUCAUCUGGCGAAGAAGGUGACGUCUUCACUUGCGCUUGUGCAUUGUAUGUUGCUGAUUGGUCUGGAGCCAAGCUAAGGAGAAAUGCCUGCUGUAAGUCACGUUCCAGAGGAUUCUCCUUCUUCCUCCGACGGGGAGGAGCAUGAGGAACACCCGUGUCUUCGGUGGGCAGGCGCCAAUGGAACGGUACCUACCUUGGUUUUCUAUGCAGAUGGUAUUGUGACCGAAGAUAGCAGCUUGCGCUUAAUUGGAGAGCGCUAUCACUUGGCAUAUAAGAUUGUGCGCACUGAGAGUAGACUGGUGCGCAGCAUUUUGACAGCCCAUGGCUUCCAUGAGGUCCAUCCCAACAGUAAUGAUUUCAAUUUGAUGUGGUCCGGUUCCCAUUUGAAACCCUAUCUAUUCCGCUCACUGCUGGAUUUUCAAAAAGUCAACCACUUUCCCAGAUCCUAUGAGUUGACCAGGAAGGAUCGGCUGUAUAAAAAUAUUCAACGCAUGCAACAGACCCAUGGUUUCAAACACUUCAACAUUAUACCUCAGGCCUUUAUCCUCCCUUCUGAGUAUCAGGAAUUAUCGAAUGCACAUUCAAAGGAUAAAGGACCAUGGAUUGUCAAGCCCGUGGCAUCUUCCAGGGGUCGUGGUGUCUAUCUUGUCAGCAGCCCCAAUCAAAUUACAACAGAUGAGAAUAUCCUAGUUUCACGUUACAUCCGCUCCCCACUGCUGAUAGAUGACUUCAAGUUUGAUGUGCGGUUAUAUGUUCUGGUAACCUCCUUCGACCCUCUGGUGGUGUAUCUCUACGAAGAAGGACUGACAAGGUUUGCCACUGUGAAGUAUGAUCGUGGUACAAGGAACAUCAAGAAUCAGUAUAUGCAUUUGACCAACUACAGUAUCAACAAGAAAAGUCGUGACUAUGUCAGCUGUGAUGACCCGGAAGUGGAGGAUUAUGGGAACAAGUGGAGUAUGAGUGCCAUGCUGCGGUACCUGAAGCAAGAAGGAGUGGACACAGCCACUUUGAUGGCUCAAAUUGAGGACCUCAUCAUCAAGGCACUCAUCUCAGCUGAGUUCCACAUCGCCUCUGCCACCAAAAUGUUUGUGCCCCACAAAGCCAACUGCUUUGAGCUGUAUGGUUUUGAUGUCUUAAUUGACUCCAACCUCAAACCCUGGCUGCUGGAAGUCAAUCUUUCUCCUUCACUGGCCUGUGAUGCACCUUUGGAUCUGAAGAUUAAAGCAAGCUUACUGACGGAUAUGUUUACAUUAGUGGGAUUCAUCUGUCACAACCCAAUAGUACGACCAGGCAGACAGGGGAAGACUGGUUGUGAUCCCGCAGCUCGGCCUCAGUAUCAUAAACCGCGGCAGCUACGGCCUGUGUCAGAUAACAACACCGAGGUUAAAAGCAGGACAUCCUCUGGCAAGGAAAGACCAAGCGAAGGACAAAGAUUAAACACUUUUAGACUAACCAUGGAGGAGAUAAAAGUUGUGCGUCGUACAAUGGAAGAAAAUGAGAGAAAAGGGGGUUUCAUACGAAUCUUUCCAACGGUUGACAACUGGGAAUCUUAUGGGCAAUUUCUGGAGCAUAAAACUACCCUGAACUACAUGUUGGCAGAGUGUCUAUUUGCAGACAAGCAAGGAGCAGCAAGAAGGCCUGCUGCAUUGGCAAGAGCUCGCAAUGGUGUGACACAAAGCAGCCACAGCCACCGUAGACGGGAGGUUCUCCAAAUGGAGUGUCAGAAGCAUCUGCAGCAAUAUGAGAGGAAACUUCUGUCCCUGGAAGCAAGGAGACGGAAGCAGUACCGAGUGACUUUGCAAAUGUCCAAGGAUAAAGACUCAGGAUCUUCACACGCGGUUCCAGUUGCUUCAUCAUGUGGCUCAGAGUGUGAUGCUGGGGAGGAGGAUGAGGAUGAGGAGGAGGAGGAAGCUGUGAUUGAGGAGGAAGAAUGUGAAGCAGCAGUUUCUUCACUUGUUCGCAAUCCAAAAGGUUUGGAGAAGGCACCGAUGUCACAAAAAAUCAAUGAUGAAAAGCAGCAGAGAGCUCCGAGGCAGGAGGUAGUUACCGACCGAUUACUUAGCAGUGGCCAGGCAUGGACACAGACCAAAGAGGACCAAAGCAAGGAUAAAGCCAGGGUCAACCUUCUCGAGAUUCUACAGCAAGGGGGCAAUCUAAGCAAGGUGCAGGCUCGCUUAGCCUUUGCUGCCUACCUGCACCGGGUACAGCUUCGCCUGCUGAGGGAGUGCUGUGGCCAAAAUAAAAUCACCAUGCAUACAGACCAGGAUGAAGAGCAGAUGGAGCUGGUGAUCAGAUUCCUGAAGCGAGCAGCCAGCAACUUUCAGCAAACUGUGCCGAUGGCCCUACCCAGCAGCCAACUCCCAGUUUCUGAACGGAGAUGCAUUCUGGCUCAGCAGUUAGGGCUCUUUAUCCAUUGCUAUAGUAAGGAAACAGAUCAAAUCAAUAAGAAGAACCAGAUGGAAUUGAAUCUGGAGACUUACAUUCAGCAGGAAGAAUUCCAAGCAUUUGUCAGUAAAGCCAGUGAGAUUGAGUUGGAGAAACUACUGACGAUCUACACACACAAGAACAGAUCAGCCAGUGUCUUCCUUGGGACUAAAACCAGAAGCAGGAACCAGAGUACUAAUACAGAGGAACCUAAUGGCAAACCCACCAGAGCCUACAGCAGCGUUCCAGUGAAAGCCAGCGUAACCACUGGGGGUACACCUCAUCUUUCGAUCAGAGGACUGGCUGUGCCCAAGGAGGGAGAUUCUGGUGGCUCUGACAGUUCAGGUGACAAUGGCCUCUUAGUGCAAAGCUCUUCCACUCAUCACCUUUAUCCUCCACGCGCCACCUUACAGUCAGCAGGCAGCCUGCCGCUGGCCUCCUGCACAAUUUCACCUCAGGAUCCGAUCUUCCUUGAGGCCGAGGCAGGAAGCAGGGCUUGCUCAGCAAUUCGCAGGGUGGGCUCUGCAACCUUAGCAUCUCGUCCUCUACAGCCUCUGGGAAAGGUCCAGCGAUCUGCCUCCGACAGCCUCUCUCUUGUGCCCCCAUCGUCCUUGCAGGCCGCGGCUCAGAUCUACAGCCAGAAACUCUCACGGCCAAACUCAGCAACAGCAGGCUUGGGAACCCGAUGUACUCUGCGACAGAGACCACUCACAGCUGGUGUGAGGGAAGGGGAUAAGCGACAUUCUCUCUUUGAAAGUUUGAACAAUGAUGCCAUCUCCACUGUGCUACAGCGCCUGACAGCCAAACAGAACCCUCAGCCGUACUCAUCAUACUCGCACCUCAGCCUCCUGACGCAGCAUUUAUCCAACAUGAACCUUGAAAGUGGAACACUGAACAGGGGAAAUGGAUUCAUGACUCCCGCUGUCCAUUCAUCAGUCACUACCCUGGGCCCAGCACGGACUUCCCACUCUGACUCUGGAUGUGCCAGCAGAGCUGCUUCCGAAGCCUCCUGUGAUCCAAUGGACGUCAGGUACCCAGAGCACAGACACCAGUUCGGUGCCAGUGAGAUGCCAUUCCAGUGCACACUGCAACAGCUGCAGCAGCAACAUCAGCACAGCCGCCAGCUGCUGGAUGCCAGCCAAGCACGGCACCAGGCCAUAUUUGCGGAGAACCACCUUCAAAACAUGGAUGCCAGCAGCCAGUGGCCAGCUCUGCUCGCUCCCUGCAGCCCAACAUCACUGAACAGCACCCAGCGACCAGCACGGCAGCAGAAGCCGGAAGCAUCUCAGGGCAGCCCUCUGCUUCUCCCAAGACCACCGCCGACAAGCAAACAGGGGACGACCAGAAAAACAGGCAUCCAGAGAGUGCCCAGGGUGACUGCCUUUGAUGGCCGUCAGUCAGGGGCUCCACGGAUGUACUCAGCCGAGUUGACCCUCCCCAGCAAUACAGUGUUCCAGGGUUAUGGAAAAAUCAUCAGUCGAUAUAAGCCGUGCUGCGCUGCCAUGUGUACUUGAAGCACUGGGUGACACUGUUACACCGACAGGUGGUUUAAGACUGCCGAAUGCCUCGGGUAGAGGGGAAAUCCCUGGUGCAAAGGUCAGGGGAAUGUAACACUGCCACUAUUACCACAGGGUACACCAACGGCAGCUGCCAAACAUACAGACUCUCCCAUCCAGAGGGACAAGAGAGGCAAGCACUGCCCCCAACUUGACCUAGAAAUUGUGGGGCUCCACUGAGAAAUUGGGGGAGCCUAGGACUAGAGAGCAUGGCCUCAGAAUAGAGGUACGUUCCUUUAGACCUGAGAUGAGAAGAAAUUUCUUUAGCCAGAGGGUGGUGAAUCUGUUGAAUUCAUUGCCACAUACAGCUACAGAGGCCAAGUCAUUGAGACAAUGAAAAGUCUUUGUCCGAGAUGUUAACUGUUUAUUCCCCUCCACAGAUGCAGCCUAGCCUGCUGAGUUCCUCCAGCAUUUUGUGAGGGUAGGACGGAGUUGGGGAGAGGUUCAGACAGUGAAGGCCCUUUCCCUGCUGCGGUCUCUGCUCUCUCUUCCCUCCAUUCAGCAGGGGUGGGAGGAGCAUAGACCAGUGUUACAGCAAAAACAAUCUAUCUCCCGUUCUAUCCGUCUCUGUGUUGAGUGUGUCAGGAAUUUCGCAGAUAUUGAAGGGGUCACUGGCUCUGUGCCCAGACAAGGGAGCUGGGUAUCAAAUGGCUGGGGAGCAGCUGCUAAAGGAACCGUUGAGAUCAGGUGUCUGAUUGUAAAUGCCGCUUGGAGCAAGGCUGCUAAACUUGCUGCCACAGGGUAUGUUUCUACACUCAGUGAGUGGAAGUAGAGCAGAACUGCACUGAGAUCUCAUCCAACAGCUGGUAACGUCUCAGUGAGCAGGGAGCAUUCGAUGAAUUCCACAAAGACACAGAUCCCCGUUAAGUCCUCCAAGCAGAGUGACACAUUCAGGAAUAGAGUCAGCAAUGAUUAGAGAAAAUGCCCCUGUGUACAGGAGGGAGAGGCUUCAUCAUCUGCCCACUCUCCAUCAUCGCCUCUUUGGUCAGAGCAGGCAAGGUCACCAGAUUCAGAUGUAUUUACAUCAAAAUACACAGUGAUUCAGGGAUUAAUCUUCGAGUCUGAAUGAAAACACCACAGUUGUCACUGACUUAAUCAAAAUCUGUGUGGAUGAGUCAGUGCCUUUGAAAACAUACUGAACAUAUCUAAAUCAAAAGCCAUGAAUGAACCAGGAGAUGGGUAGUCUGCUGAGGGAUAGAUCUGUGGCAUUCAAGACCAGUGAUCUAGAAUUGUACAAGAAGUCCAGGUAUGACUUAAAGAAGGCUAUCUUAAGCUCUGGUAGGGUUUGCAGGCCAUUACUUCCUACAAAGUGAAACCUAACAGCAUGAUUGGAAGUCAUGCUUCCCUCCCAGACGAGCUCAAUGCCUCUUAUGCAUACUUUGAAAAAGAGAAUAAAACUAUAGCUAUGUGAGUCCCUAUAGCAUCCAAUGACCCUGUCAGCUCUGAUUUGGAAGCCAACAUCAGCACAUCUUUCAAGAGGGUGAACUCUCGCAAGGCAUUAGGCCCUAAUGGUGUACCUGGUAGGGCACUGAAAACCUGUGCCAACCAAUGGGAAUGUUCAAGGACAUCUUCAAUCUCUCACUGCUGCAGUCAGAAGUUCCCACCUGCUUCAAAAGGGCCACAAUGCCCAAGAAGAGCAGGGUGAGCUGCCUCAGUGACUACCACCCAGUGGCAUUCACAUCCACAGUGAUGAAGUGCUUUGAGAGGUUGAUCAUGGCUAGAGUCAAUUCCUGCCUAAGCAAGGACCUGGACCUGCUGCAAUUUGCCUAUCGCCACAAUAACUCUACAGUGGUUGCAAUCAUCACUGGCGCACCUCAAUGAUGUAUUCUUAGCCCGCUGUUCUACUCUCUCUACACUCAUGACUGUGUGGGUAGGCACAACUCAAAUGCUAUCUAUAAAUUUAUCAAUAACACAACUGUUGUUGGCAGAAUUUCAGAUAGUGACAAGGAGGCAUAUAGGAACAAGAUAGAUCAGCUGGUUGAGUGGUGUCACAACAACAACCUCACACUCAAAUAUCAGUACAACGAAAGAAUUGAUUGUGGACUUUAGGAAGGGUAAGUUGAGGGAACACACACCAGUCCUCAUUGAGGCAUUAGAAGUGGAAAGUGUGAGCAGUUUUAAGUUCCUGCAUGUCAACAUCCCUGAGCAUCUAUCCUGGGCCUAACAUAUUGGUGCAAUUACAAAGAAGGCUUGACAGUAGCUAUAUUUCAUUAUGAGUUUGAGACGAAUCGGUAUGUCAGCGAAGACACUGACAAAUUUCUACGAAUGUACCAUUGAGAGCAUUGUAACUGGUUGCAUCAUCAUCUGGUAUGGAGGGGCCACUGCACAGGAUAGGAAAAAGCUGUAAGCUCAACCGGCUGCGUCAUGGGCACUAGCCUCUUCAGUAUCCAGGACUCCUUCAAAGGCAAUGCCUCAAAAAGGUAUCAUCCAUGAUUAAGGGCCCCCUUCACCCAGGACACGCCCUCUUCUCAUUGCUACCAUCAAGGAGGAGGUACAGGAACCUGAAGACACACACUCAAAGUUUCAGGAACUACUUCUUCCCCUCCAACAUUAGAUUUCUGAAUGGACAAUGAACCCAUGAACACUUCCUCAUUAUGUUAUUCUCUUUCUUUUAGCACUACUUACUUAAAUUAUUUUUUUGAUAUAGUUAUUGUAAUAUAUCAUUUUUAUUACUAUGUGUGGCAAUGUACUGCUGCCAUAAAAAAACAAUUUCAUGACCAAUGCUGGUGAUAUUAAAUCUUGUUCUGAUUCUGCCAACAAUGUUCAGCAGAACACAAACAGCAGUAACAACAAUAGAACAAGACAACAACAUCAAGCAAAUUCUUUUCCCAGUCAUGCAGCCUCAUCACACACACAGACAGAACUCCAACCCCUUACCACCUAACUUGCAAACUCGUGUUUACUGCCCUCGACAAGGAGGUAGUAAGCUGUUCCAGAACCAUUGCAGUCCUUCAGGUGAAGGUGUUGUUGGAAAGAGCUCCCAGCUCAUCACACUGUUGAGAAAGAGGAACAGUGUGCAACCUGGAGAGGAGAACCUGGUGUCCUUGUUGUCUGCGGUAAGGUUGGCGGUCUUGCAACAUGCUCUAGGUCUAAUCUGGGCAAGUGACUACAGGGCAUUUUGUGUCACCAAACACCAGCUUCAGUUUUAGCACAUGAAACUAAGCCAGUCAUCUGGACAUUAAAGGUGCAUAUAUCAGGAUGUUCCUUAUCGACUACAUUCAAUACUACCAUCUCCUCAGACUAUUAUUAAUCAAUAAGCUUCUAGACCUUAGCCUCAAUACCUCCUUGUGCAAUUGGAUCCUCAAUUUCCUCACUUGUAGACACCACUCAGUUCAAUUGGCAACAACAUCUCCGCCACAAUCUCCAUUAGUGCAGGUGCACCACAAGGCUGUGUGCUUAGCCCCCUGCUCUACUCACUUUACACAUACGACUCUGUGGCUACGCUGCAAUGCCAGAUUUAAGUUUGCUGACAACACCACUGUUGUAGGCUGAAUCAAAGGUGGUGACAAAUGGUAACAAAGGUGGUGACAAAUAGGAGGGAGAUUGAAAAUCUGGCUGAGUGAUGUCACAACAACAACCUCUUACUCAAUAUCAGCAAGACCAAGUUGCUAUUAUUGACUUCAGGAAGAGGAAGCCAGAGCCAGUUCUCAUCAGGGGAGCAGAAGGUGGAGAGGGUCGGAAACUUUAAAUUCCUCUAUGGUUAUCAUUUCAGAAAAAAGCACAGCAGUGCCUCAACUUUCUUAGAAGUUUGCGAAGAUUUGAUCUGACAUCUAAAACUUUGACAAACUUCUAUAGGUGUGUGGUGGAGAGUAUAUUGACUGGCUGCAUCACAGCCUGAUUUGGAAAUGCCAAUUCCUUUGAAUGGAAAAUCCUACAAAAAGCAGUGGAUACGGCCCAGUCCAUCACGGGUAAAGCCCUCCCCACCAUUGACACCAUCUACACAAAACACUGUCCCAGGAACACGACAUCUAUCAUCGAGGACCUCCGCUACCCAGGACAUGCUUUCUUCGCGCUGCUGUCAUCAGAAUGAAGGUAUGGGAGCCUCAAGACUCACACCACCAGGUUCAGGAACGGUUAUUACCCCUCAACCAUCGGGCUCUUGGACCAGAGGGGAUAACUUCGCUCAACUUUACCUGCCCCAUUAUUGAAAUGUUUCCACAACCAAAGGAUCCACUUUCGAAGACUCUUCAUCUCGUGUUCUCGAUGUUUAUUGCUUAUUUAUUUUAUAUUAUUAUUAUUUCUUUCUUUUGUAUUUGCAGAGCUGGUUAGCUUUUGCAUACUGGUUGAACACCCAAGUUGGUCUUUUAUUGAUUCUGUUAUUAUUAUUGUAUUCUGGACUUAUUGAAUAUGCCCGCAAAAAAAUUAAUCUCAGGGUUGUCUAUGGUGACAUAACGUACUUUAACAACGGAUUUACUUGAACUCUGAAGCCCACAUGACCCAGUGCAGGAGCUGUAAUAGGUAUCUUUCAAUUAUUUACUAAGGGGUACAGCGUGGUAACAGGCCUUCCGGUCCAGUGGGUCCGCUCCAUCCAAUUACACCCAUCAGACUAAUUAACCCAUAUAUCUUUGGAAUGUGGGAGGAAACUGGAGCACUCAGAGGAAACCCACGCAGUCACAGAGAGAGCUCCUUACAAACAAUUUUGGAAUUGAACCUGGGUCACUGAUGCUGAAAAAUAUUACACUAACUGCUACGUUACUUUCCCACCCCUAAAUAUCAGUUUGUUUAAAGGAUGUUAAAGUCAUGCCUGGUAAUUCUGGAAGGGACAGGGUCAGGUUUGGGAGCAUAUGUUUGCUGUAAUAGCAUUACGCUAACUGCUAUUCUACCAUGCUGCUGCCAGAUACCGAGGCCUUUGUUAGCCGCAACCAGAACAACUGUUGAGUCUGGGCACUGAUCAGCUUGUUGUGCUGCAGAAAGGACGGUGUGUGAAAGUUAUUGCUCUUCCUGUGUGAACGGGAUUAAACAUUGAUGCAGUGGAGGAGUUUGAGACAAUGAGGGAAUUUGUUGGGGUGAAUGUUCUGAGAUGUGAGUCCCUAACAAGAAUUUGUAAAAUGGGAACCUGUCCGUCAAUGGGCAAGAUCGGUAGGAACCAACACACCAAGGGAGAGGAGCUAUGGAACUUUUUCCUAGACAAACUCUUCAACCUGUAGCUACAACUCCUGGCCUGGGAAACUGAGGCAACAAUUCAAAGUGAGCAGCGAAAGAACUGAGUGCCAACUUCUGCUCCUGCCUGUGGUGACUUGGUACCAUGUAUGGAACAUCUCGCAGGUUUCUGAAUCAUCAGGAUCAGAAUCAAAAUCAGGUUUAUUAUCACCGACUUGUGUCAUGAAAUUUGUUGUUUUGUGGCAACAGCACCAUGCAAAUGAGAGCAAAACCUUGUGGGAGUGUUCCAGACUUCAGAAAUCUGAUGGGAGAGGAGGAAGGUGUUCCCAAAAUGUUGAAUGUGUGUCUUCAGCCUCCUGUGACCUCCUCCCUGAUGGCAGGAAUGAGAAGAGGGCAUGUCCCAAAUGGUGGGGAUCCACCAUGAUGGAUACCUGAGGUAUUGCCUUUUGAAGACGUCCUUGAUGAUGGGGAGGUGGUUGGCUGCUGUGUGGCCAUAGCUGGAAUGGUCCCACAGGAACAGAGGUCUAUGGCACUAGGAUCUCACGUACCUUGUGGCCACAUCUUGGCUGAAAUCGCCAUUGUGGGUUUAGCAGCCACACGUGAGGUCAGAGGGAUUUACAUCAUCAUUUCUGACAGCCAUUCAGUGACGAGCGAUGGUCCCUGUCAGCACAGUAAGAUCCCACACCAGGUCAGCUUUGCAAAAGGGUCAACAUUGGCUAGAAAGUAAAGAAGUAGCAAACUGCUUCUGAACAGUAUGGCAGCGUAGUAGUUAACGUAACUCUUCACAAUGCCAGUGAUCAGGGACCAACAGACCCUGGGACAGCUUCUUCCACCAAGCCAUCAGACUGAUUAAUUCACAUUGUAUUUCUAUGCUAUAUUGACUGACCUGUUGUACAUACUAUUUAUUACAAAUUACUAUAAAUUGCACAUUGCACAUUUAGACGGAGACGUAAUGUAAAGAGUUUUACUCCUCAUGUACGUGAAGGAUGUAAGAAAUAAAAUUAAUUCAA